UGCUUGGGAGCUCAGGGUGGUACAAGUGGGAACCAAGGAGCAUCAGGUCAGGAGUUUAGACCCACUGGGAGAUACUGACUUGUCAUCAUGCACUGGGAUCUAGAGGGGUGGAGGGGGAGUCUGGAUAAUACUUUUGAGAGCAGCUCUGGUUAGAUAGCCCUGAGGCAGGGUCCUGGCUGCAUGAGUCUCAUUCUGGAACAGGGUUUCUCAACCUUGGCACUAUUGACGUUUUGAGUCUGAUGAUACUUUGUUGUGUGUUGGGGUAGAAUAGGAGGGGGAGCUGUCCUGUGCCUUGUAGGAUGUUUAGCAGCACCUCUGACCUCUACCCACUAAUUUCAGUAGCACCUCUCUAAUCAUGACAACCGAAAACGUUUCUAGACCUUGCUGAAUGUCCCUGGCAGAGAUAUGGAGCAAAAUUGUCUCAGGUUGAGAGCCACUGAUCUAGAAUGUUCUCAUGAUUUUAAAGAGGUAGACAGUCACGGGAGGUGGGGGUGAUGGCUUCUGAAUGCACAUCCAUCCCACGCCCUUUUGGAUUCAAAGUCUGAGGUUGGAUUCUCUUCAAAGCCAGGGGAUUCCUGCUUUACUAAACCUGCUCAGCGUGUGAGAGUUUGGUUCGAAGUUAGUAGUUCUGGUAUGUUGCCUGCCAGGGAGGAGAAUCCUGGCGUCCUUGAGUUUUCCCAGAAGUGGUUCAGGUUUCAGGGAGGCGGUGGCUAUGGGUGGCUGGGCAGCCUGCCUGUCCGAACCCGCCCACCCGCCACUGACUGUUGCCUUAAGGCUGGCACUCGAACCUCUCUCCCUCCUGCACGCGCAGAAUGUCAGGAAGUGCCUGUUGUUGGGGACUCUCCGCCUGCCCAGCACCCCCUCUCCACUCACCUGCAAGCCUCAGGACCUGAGGCUGCCCUGCCUGCCAAGAGGAGUGCUGGGGUUGUAGCAAGACACAGGCAUGCCCUUCCCCCCGAGCGGGCCUGCCGUGUGGCACUCCGAGGAGCCCCAGCGGCUGUGGGCCUGGAACCCCCAGGCCAGGGACACCAGGGCAGGUGGGCAGCCUCUCCACAAAGGUUCCGGGCGCGGAGAGGCUGAGACCCGGGAGUGCAUCUACUACAAUGCCAACUGGGAGCUGGAGCGUACCAACCAGAGCGGCCUGGAGCGCUGUGAGGGUGAGCAGGACAAGCGACUGCACUGCUACGCCUCCUGGCGCAACAGCUCUGGCACCAUCGAGCUUGUCAAGAAGGGCUGCUGGCUGGACGACUUCAACUGCUACGACAGGCAGGAGUGUGUGGCCACCGAGGAGAACCCCCAGGUGUACUUCUGCUGCUGUGAAGGCAACUUCUGCAACGAGCGCUUUACCCACCUGCCAGAGGCUGGGAGCCCGGAAGUCACGUACGAGCCACCCCCGACAGCCCCCACCCUGCUCACGGUGCUGGCCUACUCGCUGCUGCCCAUUGGGGGCCUCUCUCUCAUUGUCCUGCUGGCCUUCUGGAUGUACCGGCAUCGUAAACCCCCAUAUGGCCAUGUGGACAUCCAUGAGGACCCCGGGCCUCCACCCCCAUCCCCUCUAGUGGGCCUGAAGCCACUGCAGCUGCUGGAGAUCAAGGCUCGGGGGCGCUUUGGCUGUGUCUGGAAAGCCCAGCUCAUGAACGACUUUGUGGCUGUCAAGAUCUUCCCACUCCAGGACAAGCAGUCAUGGCAGAGUGAACGGGAGAUCUUCAGCACGCCUGGCAUGAAGCAUGAGAACCUGCUACAGUUCAUCGCCGCUGAGAAGCGAGGCUCCAACCUUGAAGUGGAGCUGUGGCUCAUCACGGCCUUCCAUGACAAGGGCUCCCUCACGGAUUACCUCAAGGGGAACAUCAUCACUUGGAACGAACUGUGUCACGUGGCAGAGACGAUGUCACGAGGCCUCUCAUACCUGCAUGAGGAUGUGCCCUGGUGCCGUGGCGAGGGCCACAAGCCGUCUAUUGCCCACAGGGACUUCAAAAGCAAGAAUGUAUUGCUGAAGAGCGACCUCACGGCUGUGCUGGCUGACUUUGGCCUGGCCGUUCGGUUUGAGCCAGGGAAACCUCCAGGGGACACCCAUGGGCAGGUGGGCACGAGAAGGUACAUGGCCCCUGAGGUGCUCGAGGGAGCCAUCAACUUCCAGAGAGAUGCCUUCCUGCGCAUCGAUAUGUAUGCCAUGGGGCUGGUGCUGUGGGAGCUCGUGUCUCGCUGCAAGGCCGCAGAUGGACCUGUGGAUGAGUACAUGCUGCCUUUUGAGGAAGAGAUCGGCCAGCACCCGUCGCUGGAGGAGCUGCAGGAGGUGGUUGUGCACAAGAAGAUGAGGCCCACCAUUAAGGAUCACUGGCUGAAGCACCCGGGCCUGGCCCAGCUCUGUGUGACCAUCGAGGAGUGCUGGGACCAUGAUGCUGAGGCCCGCCUGUCGGCGGGCUGUGUGGAGGAGCGGGUGUCCCUGAUCCGGAGGUCGGUCAACGGCACUACCUCGGACUGUCUUGUCUCCCUGGUGACCUCUGUCACCAAUGUGGACCUGCCGCCUAAAGAGUCAAGCAUCUAAGCCCAGGACAUGAGUGUCUCUCCAGACUCAGUGGAUCUGAAGAAAAAAGGAAAAAAAAAAGUUGGGUUUUGUUUUGGAAAUCCCAUAAAACCAACAAACACAUAAAAUGCA